AUGUCAAGUCUCGUCGCUAACAUACACCCUCUAGCUCGCCUCACCUUUUCAGCCAUGACAGAUGCUCGCAUGAGUCGUCCACAUCAUCAUCACCCUCAGCCAUCUUAUGGUCAUUCAGCAGGACCUACCUACUCCGCUCCACCCCCAGGCGCGCAUCCAUCAUAUCAGCAUCACUCCUCCAGACAUGUCCCUAACGGUCCAUCCGGGCCUGCCGUUGGACAUCCCGGUCAAAUGAUCGCUGGGCCAUCGGAAGUCGCCCCGCCCAAUGCAGUCUCCAAUGGCCACGCUCGCGGCACUCCCGUUCCUUCGGGAAUCAGCGCGGUCGCGCGCGCGGGGAAAGAAAAGCAAGAAAGUAUCUUCGCGCAGCUCGCGAUCGCAAAUGAAAAUACCUGGACACUUAUCGGUGCGUCGGCCAAACUACAAAGACCCAUUGCUGAUCAGACAGGGGCUGUUGCGGAACAGAUGCGAGACGAAAACCGAGCUUUAUCCGCCUUCGAAAACGCCAUCCGCCAUAACCCGAAUUCCAUAAGUGCUCUAAACGCCGCUGCCUCAAUACAUCGCAGUCGGGAUAACUUUGAUAAGGCUAUCGAAUAUUUUGAGAGAAUUUUGAAUAUCAAGCAGGACAAUGGGGAGGUGUGGGGUUCGAUGGGUCAUUGUCUCCUCAUGAAGGACGAUCUACCAAAAGCAUAUACUGCAUAUCAGCAAGCAUUGUAUCAUCUCAGCAACCCUAAGGAACCAAAAUUGUGGUAUGGUAUCGGCAUAUUGUACGACAGGUAUGGAUCGUUUGAACAUGCUGAGGAAGCCUUCUCAAGCGUCCUGAAAAUGGAUCCCAAUUUUGACAAAGCGAAUGAAAUCUACUUCCGUCUCGGUAUCAUCUAUAAACAUCAACGUAAAUACCAAGCCAGUCUAGACUGUUUCCGGUAUAUUCUCAACAACCCACCUAGACCUCUUACCACUUACGACAUCUGGUUCCAGUUAGGUCAUGUAUAUGAACAGGACAGAGAUUACGAGGCCGCUCGAGAUGCUUAUAUGCGGGUUCUGAGCCAGCAACCAGAUCACGCCAAAGUACUUCAACAAUUGGGAUGGCUGUAUCACCAGCCCGGCGCGCCUUUCGCGGACCAAGAAAAGGCAGUAGAAUAUCUGACAAAGAGUUUAGAGACAGAAAACACGGAUGCUCAGAGCUGGUAUCUGUUGGGUCGCGCAUUCAUGUCUGGACAACGUUACAACAAAGCAUACGAAGCCUAUCAACAAGCCGUGUAUAGGGACGGACGCAAUCCGACAUUCUGGUGCUCCAUCGGUGUUCUCUACUACCAAAUCAAUCAGUACCGUGACGCACUCGACGCUUAUUCUAGAGCCAUACGCCUCAACCCUUUCAUCAGCGAGGUUUGGUACAAUCUCGGUAGCUUGUACGAGUCGUGUAAUAACCAGAUCACCGACGCCAUCGAUGCCUAUACUCGCGCCACAGAUCUCGAUCCCAACAAUACUGCUAUCAAACAGCGGUUACAGAUGCUACACAAUGUCGGAAACAACAAUGGGCCUCUCCCCCCUGCACCCGGACCGGUAGACGUUCAUCCCUCGGCUUACAGCGCCGCUCCUGCCCAAAACCUACCCACUCAGGGCUCGCCAGCAGUGUCUCCUCGCCCUGGGCAACACGACAUCAGAGGAGAUGGACCUAUUCCCUCGGCCCGAGACUUGGCACCUCCGGAGACUCGAGCACAUUCACCACCUCUCUUCAGGGGAGGUGCAGUUCCCCCACCUCUAAACCACGUAGAUGAGAGUCGAGGCGCUAUGUCCCGACACGCGCCCUUGGCGCCGAUCGAAGUGGACAGGUCGGAGACCCCUCGUGAACGAGAUAUUAGAGAAGGUCCGGCCUUUGGUGGGGGAACAAGAUUUGAUCCAGGAUCAGAGAUGUCUCAUAGACGCGCCGAAUCACCCACUUCGCCUAGAAGGAGGGAAGUGUAUCACGGACAUCCUGCCCACCCUUCUGUCAGUCACAAAGAUCGAGAGAGAGAAGAGAAAGAAUGGAGAGACCGAUCUCGUGGUCCACAGAUGGGUGCUGUCAUGGAUCCCCGAGGUCCUUCACCCCGUUUGCAAGAACGUGGUCCGCCUUCACAUGGUCCUCGUCAACCGUCGCCUCGUAUCUCAGAAUACGGCCGUCCACCUGCGUUCCCCGAACAACCUUAUGGAUACUAUGAUAAUCGCGCUCCUCCACCCGGUCCAGGUCCAUUCGAGCCCCAAAGGCGCUACGACGAAGCCAGCAAUGGACAACCUGGUCCGGGACAUCGACAUGCAUCCGCAUCACGCGAUCUGAGACCUGACGACUUGCGGGCGCCCAGUCCUGCGCUGAGCAUGAGCAGCAAGGCGGGCUCCAAACGCAAGGCUGGUCAGACGGACGAGAGAUCGAAGCGAACGAGGGAUGAUAAGACUCCUGGAAGUGGAAAGAAAGCAGGACCGGGGUCAGCGAAACAGUCAGGUUUCAGAGGAGGUAUGGAGGAGACAAGUCCGAGACCUACCAAUGCGAGCAGUCCGGCAGGAAGCAUGUCGAGCACGCAUCAACAGACUCCGAGGCAUCCUGCUCCACCCAGCAGGACAAUUGACGAGGACUAUGAUGAAGGCGCAGCAGACGCUUUGAUGACUCUUCAUGGGGAUCGUCCUUCAAUAAACGGUACCUCGCGUAGCGUUUCGACCAGUCCAAUAGCUUCACUCUUGCAAGGUAAUGGCAAACGUCCAGAUCCUCCAUCACCGGCCGAAGCGAAUCUUUCCCACAAACGCCCCAAAGCGGAUAUCAACCUUCCAGGUAGCUCCCCCGCCCGAGUGGAGAAGGAAAAGGAGAAACGAAUGGUCAUUGAAGUGCUCAACACGCCUCGUAUUUCCAGCCCAAUGCCUGGUCCAUGGCCAGUAUCGACCUCGGUCCCUGGAGUCAUUUCACAAUCCGUCACACCUAGAGAUGAGAAGGAAGCAUCGGUUGUUAAAUCACCUUCUGUGAAAGAUGACAAGAGGAGGGAGGAUGAGAUGGAGAAGACGACGAGUGCGAAGAGUUCUCCUGUAAAGGAAACGUCCAGAUCGCCUACUCGAGCCAGGAUAAGUGGUGAAAGAGGGACACCGCCUGUUUUGACGGCGGAGAAAGAGGAGGGGAAAGACGAGGAUGUGGUAAUGGAAGAAACGGCAGAGCCUCGACCGAUAGAGGAGGUGAAAGCGGGAGAAGAUGAGGAGACGAAGAAGGCAGAAGAGUAGAUUUUGAAGGAGAUCAAUUGUUAUCUGUUUAUGCUCAACAUCGGGUUAUCUCAUGCAGGAUUUACAUAGUCUUGAUUAUCUUAAGGAAUUUUUCGUGGAUUUGCUUGGAAAUCAUCUUUAAGUUGAGUAACUAUAUGAUAAUCAAAUUAAC